AUGAGGGGAUGCCUCACCUGUCGGCUGCGCCAUUUGAAAUGUGACAAAACUGGAGCAAAAUGCAUGCGCUGCCAACGAUCUGGCCGCGAAUGUGUGCCCGCGCCUGGAAAGUCGGAGGAGCUUUCUUUUCGUCAUGGCCAAAAUCCGUCUCUACGAGGAAAGGGGCCCCCGAGGUAUGGGGAGAGUGACUUGACCUUUCCAAAUGACCAAAUCUGGGUAGAAUCUUCGUCCGAAUAUUCCUUCAAAGAUGAGACCGAUCAGACAGCAGCAGAGUAUCACGUUGUACCAGUGACGGGCCAUUCAGCCUCAAGAUCACCAUCUGAAGCCCGAUCAACCCCAUCAUCCAUCAUGGACCCUUCUCUACCUGGGCCGAGUAACUCGAUCCCUUUCUACAUUGCAGACUCGCGAGGCGGUUCUCGUUCUACCUCUGCACAUUCACCCCGAUCAUCCAGUACGCCCGUUUCAACUCCCCGCCUGGCAAAUGUCAAUGAAGCCUAUCUGCUCCGACAUUUCCAACGACAUCUCGCACCGUGGCUUGAUGCCGGUGAUCCCGAGCGACACUUUUGUGCGGAUGUUGCCGGGCGAGCCAGCGAUUCUCCACUCCUUUUGUACGCCUGUCUAGCUGUGUCGGCUUGUCAUCUGUCCAGAACGGCAAAUACGAUCUCGCCAGAUGUCGCGGAUAGCUAUCAUGAACGAUGUGUCUCGAUUAUGCUUCCGGUUCUUGAUAAGCCAGAGUUUGAAAUCGGAAUCGAUAUUCUUCUAAGCUCGACCGUGAUUCUUCGCUUCUUCGAACAAAUCUCCUCCCACACACCCUCCAACGACCCGCAGCGCCAUCUCCUCGCCGGCUCAGUCUAUAUCAGUUCCCACGUAGACUGUGCCAUAUCCGGCGGCCUCGCCUCAGCAUCCUUCUGGGUCUUCGUAAUCCAAGACAUCCAGUUCGCUCUUACGUACCAGAAAUGUCUCCGGCUCACAUUUGCACCCUUCGACGACCGCCUGCGCCGGUGGUGGGUCGCCAAGCCGGUCCUUAGCGACAGCGACUGGGUCAACCGGGCGAUCUGGAUCCUUGCCGAGACCAUCGAUUUCUGCUAUAAUGUCUCGGGUCGGAAUUACGGGGGCCAUUUGGGGAUCGCGGGGGAGAAUGCGCUGAAGCAGCGUAUUCGGGAUUGGGAGGUUGGGAGGCCUGAUACGUUUACGCCGUUGCAUGUUUCGCCGCCGGAUGCUCGGGCUGGGAAGCCUUUUCCUGUCGUUUGGUAUACGACUUUGUGGCAUUCUACCGCCGUGCAACAUGUUUGUCUUGCCAAGGCAUUGAUGCUCAUCCGCGAAUAUGAAGUAUACGAUUACUCCAUCGAGCAGCGGACCAAACUCAAGGAACAAAUAUCAGAAAACCUAAACUACCUAUUCGGCAUAGCCUUCUCCGCAGACGACGAGCCAUCCUUACGGAUCAUGGCUUGCCACGCACUCUGCGCCUGCAGCGCGUGGAUAGAUGACCCCCUCGCGCAAAACUUGUUGUUCGAUCUGUUGCGUCGGACGGAGAGAGAUAAUGGGUGGCCGUGGGCGUAUGUUGAGCAACGGAUUCUUCAUGCGUGGCAGGGAAAUUCACGAUGA